CCCUCCAAACGACACUUCUUCGCCUUUUCCUUUCAUUCCAUCCAGCUUGGCUUCAUCUCGGAUUAGAAACUGUUUUCAACACAACGAUCAACGUUGGUGAAGAUGAAGCGUUCAUCCAAGUCAUUAGUCGUUUCAUUGUGCAGCGGCUGUUCGCAGAUCCGAGGAUUUUGAAGAACAAGAAGUAUGCCUAUGGUAGUGGGAAGGUAAUGCUCACUGAGAGUGGCCGAGAAGCACUCAACAGCCAUUUCCUGACCCAGACGGCUUUGUUUUGUUAUUUCGUAGAAACAGCAAAGGCGGCUUCAGUAAUCAAGCAUAAUCCUCGAAUGUUCACAAAGAACUCUGCGUUCAAAUGCUUGGAUGAUGUGUUUGCGGAACUAAGUCGAGAAGUGUUGUCUGGAGGUGGAGCAUCAUUGAACAGAGCCUUCACUAAAAUGGGUUUCAAACCUACUUACAAGC